AUGACCUUGAGAAAGGCAAAAAUGUCCUCUCGCUUAGCUGAUGAAAGGGAACAAUUCAAGAAAGAUUGCUCCGUUUUGAACUCAUCAGUAGCAGAACUGACGCAGAAGCUUGAGCACUGUGAGAAUGAGAGAAGUAACUUGAAUCAAACAAUACAGGAGCUCAAGACUAUGAUUGUCCAUUUGGAAAAAGACAAGGAGGCUUUGUCAUCACAGCUGGAAGAAAACUGGAAACUGAUUAAAAAAAUAGAGCCUUUCAGAGAUGUCUUGGAUAAUUUUGAAAUGGAAAAAAAAUUCUUGUUGGAAAGAGACAAAUAUACAAGUGAGCAAAUGGAAAGAUUGACCAAAGAAGCCAUUAAAAACAUGGGUCACCAAAACCAUCGCCAGAAAGUCAAAUAUGUGGAGACUUUGAAAAAGAUUGCUCCGGUGAUUGCUACUGCACAAUGUGACUCUUCCAAAAUGACGCAGACACCUGGUGAACCGAGAAUUCCUUUUAAAGGGAAAAAAAUGCUGUCUGAAUCUGAGUGCAUGUGCCCAGUAUGCAUUAGCUUAAUCAUCCUACCUGUAACGUUCCCCUGCAAUCACUCACUGUGUUUACAAUGUUACAAGGAAACAGUGGAAAAAGCCAACCUCUCAUGUCCAGUCUGCAGGAAGCGCAUUUCAGUUUGGGCCAGGAAAAUAAAUUGAUAAACAUGGAAAAGUGGACAGACAUCCAAGAGGCCUUCCCUGAAAAAGUGAGGCGCAGGCUGGAAGCCAGUGAAGAAAGCAACAGUGAAGAUGAUCAAGAUAAUUUUGAAGCCCAGGAAAGACAACAAAUUUCCUGUCAUGGAGAAAUCAGACAAGAAUAUGAAGCUGCUAUCCAGCAGAUUCAGCAAAGAAAGGACGAAGAGGCAAAGAAAGAGGAGGAGGCCAGUAAAGUAAAUUUUGAAGCUCUGCAACAGGAAGAAUUUUUGUCAGAAAAUGUGGAAAUAGAAGAGAAAGCACUGAUGCUUGAAAAG